GGGCCAUAGCCUUGCCGGCCGGCCAGGCCGCCCGCCGGCCUCGACCUAUCCGCACGUCUUGUCGACUAUUAUCCCUCUUCAUUCAUACAUUUCUCCAUCACAACGCCAUCACCACCAAGAACAACAAGAUCACACAAGUCAGGGAAACGUGCUACAGUACUAUACACGGACCAUGGCACCAUCAUCACCACCACCGUUCCUCGUUCUUUCCGUCGCGCUGUGGCUGCUGCUGCUCGCCUCCUCGCACACGCGCGGCGCCGAGGCCGCGCCGCCCAACACGGAGGCGCUGUCGCUGCUGUGCAACGGCGCGUCCUACGGCGCCGGGGACCCCUUCGCGACGAGCCUGGCGUACGUGCUGUCGGAGCUGGUGUCCGCCACGCCGGCCAGGGCCGGCGGCCACGACUUCUACGACAUCUCCCCGUACCCGGCCGCCUUCGCGUACGGGCACGCCGCGUGCCGGGCGGCGCUGUCCGCGCCGGACUGCGCGACCUGCCUCCGCUCCGCCGUCAGCCAGAUGGACGCCUCCUGUGGCCACAGCGUCGGCGCCAGGGCCGUGCUCGUCGACUGCAGCGUGCGUUACGAGCAGUACGCGUUCGUGGAUUAAUUCGUCGCUUGAUUUCCAGUAGCUCCUUUCGAUUUGGCCGGCUGGAUGUGUUCCAAAGUAAUCCACUUUGUCCAACAUUUAUCCUUGUUGUCUUGUUGAUUAGUAGCAGUUAGCACUCCAGGAAGGCACAGUUCGUGCCUUGUAAUUGUGUUGGCCAAAAUGUAUGUCUUGUAUGUUCGUGCGAACUUAUUCGCUUGGACUUAUCAGCCGAAUCUGUCAGCUAUUCAGCA